AGAAAAACAAAAUACAAAUGCAACCUGAAUUCACAUAAGCUGAGGGAAAACUUUUGUUGUGGAAUAGAAACGGAAAGCUUCUCUUUCUUUCCCAAAUAAAAACAAGAAAAAACAAAAAGCCUCCAUCUUUUUCUUUACUUAGAACCGGCAAAUACCGCUUUAUGCUCAAAAUUUUCUUUCUUCUUUUUGUCUGGUGGUUCAGAUUUUCUAUGGGAUAAUCUAACUGGUAAUAUAUUUGUGAGCCCACUGAAGGCUCGUUUUUGGUAGCUCGUGUUAGAAUUUUCUGCGUCUCGCUCAACUUCCAAGCACAUUUUUUUCCUCUUACCACAUUGCAGUUGCAGUCGACUUCAAACUUCAAACUCCAAACUCCCACAUAACAAAAUCGUAAAAGGUCGAUCUAUCUAAAUUUUUGCUAAAAAAGUAAGAUCCUUCAAAAAUGGCUACCCUUCCACAAAUCGCGGUUCUGGGGGCUGGAAUAUUUGUAAAAACUCAAUACAUCCCGAGACUCGCCGAGAUCUCACAUCUCUUCUGCCUCAAAUAUAUCUGGAGCCGUUCAGAGGAAUCUUCGAGAGGAGCUGUUGAGAUAGCCAAACAGCAUUUUCCUGGAGUGGAAUGUAAAUGGGGAGACCAAGGUCUAAACGACAUCGUGCAGGAUUCUUCUCUUAUUGGUACUGCUGUCGUUUUGGCUGGCCAAGUUCAGGUAGAUAUCUCGCUAAAGUUGCUAAAAGCAGCAAAGCAUGUCAUUCAAGAGAAACCUGCAGCAACUAGUAUACCCGAGAUAGAGACUGCACUGGCUAGUUACAAAUCCGUUUGUACCAACCCUGGUCAACCAAUUUGGGCUGUAGCUGAAAACUAUCGAUUUGAACCUGCUUUUGUAGAGAGCAAGAAACUAGUGGCUGGUGUUGGGGAUAUGAUGAAUGUCCAAGUUAUUAUUGAAGGGUCAAUGAACAGUUCAAACCCUUAUUUUUCUAGCUCUUGGAGGCGAAAUUUUGAGGGAGGUUUUAUCUUGGAUAUGGGAGUGCAUUUUAUUGCUGGCUUGAGGAUGAUGGUUGGUUGUGAGGUGACCUCAGUUUCAGCCAUAACCUCUCAUAUAGAUAGAACUUUACCUCCGCCAGACAUUAUUUCUUCUAAUUUUAAGCUGGAGAAUGGAUGCUCUGGAGUCUUUGUGAUGGUUGUAUCCUCUAGUUCACCUAAGAUAAUUUGGCGAGUUGUUGGGUCAAAAGGAUCUGUACAAGUUGAGCGUGGAAAAGUAGAUGGAAAGCAUGGUUACUUGGUUUCACUAUACAGUGCAGAUGGGCAAAGCAAAAGCACUUUCCAUCCAUUCUGUGGAGUGCACGAAGAAUUAAAAUUUUUUAUACAUGACAUUGUGCAAGCAAACCUGAAGGGAAAUGGCUAUGAAGCUGAGCCACGCAGCUCUUUUGUGGAAGGUGCCAGAGACGUUGCAGUUUUAGAGGCAAUGCUUGAAUCCGGAUCCAAGGGUGGAACCUUGGUUAAUGUGAAGAAAUUUUAGGAUUGCGUAUGACCAUGACGAGUUUCCUCAGUAAGCAUUGGGUUGAGACAUUUUGGAAAAUAGAGAUGAUAAAAUUGAAGAAGUCAGAGAGGAAACUUGAAAGAAUAAAAUCUUAUGCAAAACCUACAAACACAUUCAUUGAAUAAAGGUAUUUACAAAUGUUUUAUCCAUCUCUGCUGUUCAUUGUGAGUUCUGGGUUUUUGACGUGUGAAUCGUUCCCCGCUAGGGGGCAGCCUGCAUUGCAUUGAAGAGGUCUGUACUUUUAGUUCCGUUACAACUUGUGAGUGUCCCCAGUAGGGAAUGAACGAGGUUUUGGAGGAAGCCCCAUGGUCCAGUCUUCUUGAGACAUGGGCCCUGCGAAAUAACGUGGCUAACCUAACCAGGUCACCAUGUAGAAAGCCGAUUAAACUACUUUAGGUUAGUCAUUCUCAUUCUCAUUUUUGCUAUUUGAUUUUGUAUUAUAUACACAGUUUUUUGUUUUUAAAAUGGCUGAAACUUUAAUAAUAAUAACAUUAAUAAUGCAAAAUUGGUUUUCAAA